AUGAUAUUAAUUUGGGAGACAUUGAGUAUUACGACUAUAAUGAAUUUUCUGCCUUUGAAAAAAUUGGAGAAGAGGAUUCAGAAUUGUGUAUAGAUCAGAAUGGAAAAGGAAUUUCAGAACAACUUAAGGAUCUAGAAACAAUUGUUGAAUUUAUUACGAAUAAUAAAAUUAUAAAUCGUCAACAAAUUACAUCGCCAAAUCCAAAUUAUUUUGAAUCAUUAAAUUCACCUCUUUCUGAAGGUAAUUAA